AUGGGCAGAGCGCCGGCGCACGCUCUGCUACUGUCCAUGGUGCUGGGCUGCUCGGCUGCCUUCUCGGACCUCCUGGUGCCGGGCCUCGAGGAGCCGGUGGUCAACGUGGCCGUGGUGUUUGGGGGCACCUCCUACCCCGUGCACAUCCGCUCCCGCCUGAGUCCCCAGAGCUUCCUGGACAUGCCCCUGGAGAUCCAUCCCAUCACCGUCAUCGUCAACAACACCAACCCCAGCAGCCUCCUCACCCAGGUCUGCGACAUCCUCGCCAGACACAAGGUCCACGGCAUCGUCUUCGAGGACAACGUCGGCACGGAGGCUGUGGCCCAGAUCUUGGACUUCAUCUCCUCCCAGACCCAGGUCCCCAUCAUCAGCAUCAGCGGGGGGUCUGCUGUGGUCCUGACCCCAAAGGAGCCUGGCUCGGCAUUCCUGCAGUUGGGUGUCUCCAUCGAGCAGCAGAUCCAGGUGAUCUUCAAGGUGCUGGAGGAAUACGACUGGGGCUCCUUUGCUGUCAUCACCAGCCUCUACCCAGGCUACAACAUCUUCCUGGAAGUCAUCCGCUCCUUCACGGACGCCAGCUACUUCGGCUGGGAGCUGCAGGAGGUGCUCACCUUCGAGAUGAGCCAGGAGCGGAGCAGCUCCAGGACACAGCGGCUCCUGCGCCAGGUCGAUGCCCAGGUCCUCAUCGUCUACUGCUCGCGAGAGGAGGCCGAGUACCUCUUCACCAUGGCAGAGCAAGCCGGGCUCGUGGGGCCAGGCUAUGUCUGGAUCGUGCCCAGCCUGGCAGUGGGCAACAUGGAGGUGCCACCCUCAUCCUUCCCCGUUGGCCUCAUCAGUGUGGUGACGGAGAGCUGGAAGCUGAGCCUGCGGCAGAAGGUGCGGGAUGGGGUGGCCAUCAUUGCCAUGGGGGCUGCCAGCUUCUUCCGGGCCCAUGGCUACCUCCCGGCGGUGGGACGGGACUGCCGGGCUCCUGCCGGGACUACCGCCACCAACAACAGCUUCUACCAGCACCUCCUCAACGUGACGUGGGAGCACAGGGACUUCUCCUUCAAUGAAGGUGGCUACCUGGUCAGGCCCACCAUGGUGGUGAUCUCGCUCAACCAGCACCGGCUCUGGGAGAUGGUGGGCAAGUGGGAGAAAGGCAUCAUCCACAUGAAGUACCCGGUGUGGCCCCGCUACGGCUCCUUCCUGCAGCCCGUGGUUGACAACCGGCACCUCACGGUGGCCACGCUGGAGGAGAGACCCUUUGUCAUAGUGGAGAACACGGACCCCAGCACCGGGGUCUGCGUGCGCAACACUGUGCCCUGCCGCAAGCAGACCAACUCCUCCCAGAGGGAUCCCAUCCAUUUCUCCUGGUGUGGUUUCAGUGGUGAUGGCCUUGUGGAUCCCUACACCAAGCUGUGCUGCAAGGGCUUCUGUAUCGACAUCCUGAAGAAGCUGGCCAAGACGGUGAAGUUCUCCUACGACCUCUAUCUAGUGACCAAUGGCAAACACGGCAAGAUCGUCCGUGGGGUCUGGAACGGCAUGAUUGGUGAGGUGUACUACAAGCGUGCGGACAUGGCCAUCGGCUCCCUCACCAUCAAUGAGGAGCGCUCCGAGAUCGUGGACUUCUCCGUGCCCUUUGUGGAGACUGGCAUCAGCGUCAUGGUGGCCCGGAGCAACGGCACCGUCUCCCCCUCUGCCUUCCUGGAGCCUUACAGCCCAGCCGUGUGGGUCAUGAUGUUCGUGAUGUGCCUCACUGUGGUGGCCAUCACCGUCUUCGUGUUUGAGUAUUUCAGCCCCGUUGGCUACAACCAGAACCUCACCAGUGGCAAAAGGCCUGGAGGUCCCACCUUCACCAUCGGCAAGUCAGUGUGGCUGCUGUGGGCUCUGGUCUUCAACAACUCUGUGCCCAUCGAGAACCCCAAAGGCACCACCAGCAAGAUCAUGGUGCUCAUCUGGGCCUUCUUCGCCGUCAUCUUCCUCGCCAGCUACACUGCCAACCUGGCUGCCUUCAUGAUCCAGGAGCAGUACAUCGACACGGUGUCGGGGCUGAGCGACAGGAAGUUUCAGAAGCCGCAGGAGCAGUAUCCCCCUUUCCGCUUCGGCACCGUCCCCAACGGCAGCACCGAGAGGAACAUCCGCAGCAACUACCCCGACAUGCACACCCACAUGGUGAAGUACAACCAGCGCUCCGUGGAGGAUGCCCUCACCAGCCUCAAAAUGGGGAAACUGGAUGCCUUCAUCUACGAUGCGGCAGUGCUCAACUACAUGGCAGGCAAGGACGAGGGCUGCAAGCUGGUGACCAUCGGCAGUGGGAAGGUGUUUGCCACCACGGGCUAUGGCAUUGCCCUGCAGAAGGACUCACGUUGGAAGCGGGCCAUUGACCUGGCCCUGCUCCAGUUCCUGGGAGACGGUGAGACCCAGAAGCUGGAGACAGUUUGGCUGUCUGGGAUUUGCCAGAAUGAGAAGAACGAGGUGAUGAGCAGCAAGCUGGACAUUGACAACAUGGCCGGGGUAUUCUACAUGCUGCUGGUGGCCAUGGGGCUGAGCCUGCUGGUCUUCGCCUGGGAGCACCUCGUCUACUGGAAGCUGCGCCACUCUGUCCCCAAGUCCCACAAGCUUGACUUCCUCUUGGCCAUCAGCAGGGGCAUCUACAGCUGCUUCAAUGGGGUGCAGUCCCUGGUGAGCCCCGGGCGGGCGCCCACACCCGAUGUCACUGCCAGCUCGGCGCAGGCCAACGUGCUGAAGAUGCUGCAGGCAGCCAAGGAGAUGGUGUCGACGGCCAGCGUGGGCAGCUCGCUGGAGCACGCCACCCGCACCAUCGAGGACUGGAGCAGCCGCAGCGAGCGCCUCCAGACCACCUUCUCCUUGAGGACACCGCAGCUCGUGGUGCAGAACAGCACCAGCACUCACCGGGGCCUCUCCUCUGCCCCUGAGAGGUUGGAGAGAGCCUACGCACCAAUGGGUGCUCCCCUGGGGCUGCCGCUGCCGCAGCCCAUCCCCGUGGACUCCCGGCUGCCCAGGGAGGAGAAGUGGAGAGGGACGAACAAGCACGUCCCCCGCCUCCUGCACCCCCUGAAGUUUCGGGGGGGCUGUGCAGGGGAUGGAGCCCUCCCGGGUGUCCCCCAUGUCCCGAUCAAGACAUCCCCAAGGGAGGAUUUUGGGGAGCAGAUGUUGGUAGGGAACCAUAUCGGGGCUCCCCUCCCGCCCCCCACAUCCCCCAGGGACCUCCCCCCACCGGACAUCUACAGGGAGCACAAGCGGCCGUCGGGGCUGGGGGACCGGCUGCAGAACCCGGCCCGGCUCCAGGGGGACGGGGUCCACAGGGGCUCGGGGACGCUGCCCUGGCUGCUCUCAUCCGCCGCAGAGAAGAGGCAGGAGCUGGGCAGCCCCUUCCUGCCGCCUUCCUGCCCUCACGGAGCCUUCCCCAAAGCCUCCAGGACUCGCAGAGCCAGGGGCGAGCCGGAUGCUGCAGCGAUGGAGCGGGAGAAGCCGGCCCGGGGUGGGAAGCGGUGUCCGGGGGCUCUGCGCCGCUGCGGUGCUGCUCUCCCCUCCGCAUGCACCGACAUCCCCGACCUCUUCCCCGAAGCCGAGCCCGGCUCCAACUGCGGCUCCCGCUGCGCGCAGCCCUCGGGCCGGCUGGCACCGCGCUCUCCCGCAGCCAGGCUGCCGUCCUACCGGGAAGCCUGCAGGCAGCCCCCCCGUGCCACCGGCCCCGGCAUGAACUCCUACCCCAACCUGUACCCGGCCCAUCGCUGCCGGGGGUCCCCCCCACCCCGCGAGCACCCCAGGGUGCCGCUGGGCUGUGGACGGGGGUCUGGGCGCUGGGACGGGGGGUGCAGAGACUGCGGGAGGCGCGGGGGGGAGCCGGCCUUGCUGCGGGCAGCGGGGACGGAGCGGAGGGACCCGUUGUGCCGAGGGGGGAUGAGUCCCUGCGCAGGCGGGUCCUGGCGGCGGGGCUCCAGCCUGGAGUCGGAGGUGUGA